AGAAUUAACUCCCCCCUUGGUGAUAUGGAAGUGGUUUAGAUACAGAUGCAGUACAACAAUAAAUAAAUAAUUACCAGGACUUGAACAGACUUGAACCUGAGAAGUGGGCGUGGCGAGCAUUAAUUAGCCUGACAAGAUGACGUGUGAAACAUGAAUUUGUUUAUCGAUUCGUUUGAAUCAAAUCAAAUCAAAAAGAAUCGAUUCUGUCAGGAUUCGGUUCGUCCAUCACUGAGGCUCCGCCAGAUGUUUCUUGUUUCACGAGCGCGAAUUCCUGUCAUUAACGGAAAAACAGCAGCUCUGUGUCUCAUGGUGUGUGUGUGUGUGUGUGUGUGUGUGUGUGUGUGUGAGAGAGAGAGAGAGAGAGAGAGAGAGAGAGAGAAGUGCAGGGUUCAGUGUUGUUAUAAAGAGCACCGCUGUCUGACUCUCCAGUGCGAUUCUUUCUGUGUUGUAAAGAAACCCGAAAGUUCUUUGUCCCUCCGGUGAAGUGGCCACAGCUGGGGGAGAACAUGGAGCUGGUCAUGGAGCGAAGGCUUCUUCUGUCUGCUCUCCUGAGUGUGUGUGUGCUGUGGAGGAUCUGCUCUGCGUCUCACACUGAUCACCACAAAGAGCUGAAAGUGCUGCAGGACAGAAACGUCAUCGACAUUCUGGAAAUGCUGAGCACCACCCAAUCAUCUCGAGGAAUCACAAAGGUCAAAGGUUCCGCCCCCGGCACGGCCGCUUGGCGUUUUCGCUUUCACACGCCUGACCUGACCUUGCCACUGGAUGUCUAUCAGCGCUUUAGGAGGGCGUGGCACGGAUCGCUCAGCUUGCACCUGGUCGGCCAGCAGGCUGGAGGUGCGGAGGCAACUCUGCUGUCUCUGAGUGCUCCGGGGAACACGCCGCUCUUACGCAUCAUCUCCAACAUGCGGGAGGAUUUUCUCCAGCUGGAGAUCCACAUGACACUCAACACAAAACCCGAGGUCCUCAGAAUCCCCGGGGGAAACCCGUUCUCAGGCGGGAGGUGGGCCAGGGUGCUGCUGGGCGUGGCUCCUGGGUGGGUGUGGAUGUUCCAGGAGUGUAAAGAGGCCACGAUAGUAAAGCUUACACACCAGGGACGACCUCUGACCCUUAACCUCCCUCCUCAUGACCUCCAGGUCACCUUAGCAAAAACGGCAGAUGACAAAGUCAGCAAAUUUAGCGGUUACCUAGAGACCGCACAGAUCUCCACUACACCCUAUGAGAGACGUCCGUGGUUCUGCAAAAACGUUACCGACCCCGUCCCCUUUCCCCCUGCCCCCUACAGCUCUGUGGACUCGGAAGAGGAGCUACAGGACCAGCCAGAGCGCACGGUCAACCCGGUGCUCGGUCCCCCGGCGUCUCCGCAUGACAGAGCGGCUCACGGCGAACAGAGACAGGGAGUCAGGAACCUGGAGGAGAGACUGCACAACAUCACCGCCAUGCUGCUCAUGCUGAAACAACAGAAUGAGGACCUGCAGGCUCGGGUACGGCUUUUGGAGACCUGUGAGUGUGUGAGGAAAACCUGUGUCUGGGAGAACCAAGAGAUGAAGGAGGGAUCUCGCUGGAGGACUGACAGACACACGGAGUGUUCCUGCAUCUCCGGGAGAGUCCAGUGUGAAACUUCAAAAAAGUGUGGUGUAGGUGACAUAAUCCACAACGUCUCAUACAGCACCGUCGAUGGCUGUCAGACCUGCUCCUGUAGGAAUGGCGACUUGUCGUGUGUCGACUUGCAGAAAUGUCCUCGGUCGUGUCAGAACGGAGUGAAGCCUCCGUUUGGUUCCUGCUGUCGCGACUGCUCUCGCUGUGAAUAUCGGGGCGAGGUCGUUCCUGAAGGAGUCACGUUUCCAGACUAUGAAGAUCCCUGUAAAGUCUGCGUGUGCUCUAGUGGGAACGUAGUGUGUAGCAGUGUACCCUGCCCUACACCUGACUGCAGUUUGGUGGAAACUGUCAGUGGAGAGUGUUGUCCCAGGUGUCGAAGUUGUGUCCAUGAGGGGGUGCAGCAUGAGCACAGCACACAAUGGCCGAAUCCACGAGACCCCUGCAGUGUCUGCACAUGCUCAGAGGGACGUGUUGCGUGUAUCACCAGCAUCUGUGACACCCAGUGUAGGAACCCGGUACCUUCUCCAGGAACCUGCUGCCCUACCUGUGAUCAUUGCUCCCAGAAUGGGGAAAAUUUCCUAAAUGGGGAACCAGUUCCGAGUAGAGAUCGAUGUGAGAGGUGUGUGUGUGAGAAUGGAAAUAUUAACUGUGAGCCCCUCCACUGCCCCACCCCACACUGCUCUCAUCCAAUCAGGAGAGCCGGAGACUGCUGUCCAAGGUGCGAACAGUGUACUUAUGAGUCAGAGGUGUUUUCAGAUGGCCAGCAGUUUACUUCCAAAGAGAAUCCCUGCUUGAGCUGUCGGUGUUCAGCUGGAGAGGUUGUGUGUGAAAGUAGAGAGUCGUUGUGCCCCCCUGUACGAUGUACAAACCCCACUAGACAGCAUGGCACCUGCUGCCCCACAUGCAACAACUGUGUUGUUCAUAACCAGGAGUAUCAUGACGGUGAGAAGUUUGUGAACCCUGUAAACCAGUGUGAGCAGUGUGUGUGUCAGGAAGGACAAGUGGAAUGUCAUAACCAGUGCCCCAGACCCAUGUGUAAUUAUCCCGUCACUGGGACCUGCUGCCAGAACAACUGCAACGGCUGCAGCUAUGCGGGUAAAGAUUAUACGAAUGGAAUGGAGUUUCCUCAUCCGACAGACCCGUGCAGGGAAUGUCACUGUUUAAAUGGUAAUGUGCAGUGUAGCAUGAUUAGAUGUCCUCCUUUACAGUGCAGUGAACCCAUAAUGGCCCAGGGACAGUGCUGUCCUCAAUGUCCAGCGCCCCUUGCUGACUGUGUUCAUGAAGGAAACUCAUACAGACACAACCAGCGCUUCUACCAUCCCACAGACAGCUGCCAGCUCUGCUCCUGCAUGAAUGGGAUGAUGAACUGUCACCGUAGGCCCUGUCCCUCCGUCUCCUGCACCCACCCUGUUCAACAGGAGUGCUGUCGCACGUGUGAUGGAUGUUUGAUUAAUGGUGUGGAACGUGCUAACGGCGAGCAGUUUGCGGACGUGUCGGACCCGUGUGUGAUGUGUACGUGUCGUGAAGGCAGUGUGGCCUGCGUGCAUAGAACAUGCCCGAGGGCCACAUGUCCAUUUCCUGUACAGGGAGAGUGCUGUUCGAGCUGCGACGGUUGUCAUUAUGCUGGUGUAGAUUAUUCAAGUGGACAGGAGUUCUUGGACCCCGCAGAUCGCUGUAAACAUUGCACGUGUUUAAAUGGUCAUGUGACCUGCAGACAGAAACCCUGCUACAACCCGGGCUGCUCUCACCCGGCGCCCUCUUCUGGACACUGCUGUCCCGUGUGUGACGCUUGUUCCUAUGAUGGUGAGAUUCUGUUAAACGGACAGUCAAUACCGGACAGAACAGAGCCGUGUUCAGAGUGCACAUGCAGGAGCGGCUCAGUGCAGUGUGUGAGGAGAUUGUGUUCUGCUGCUCCUUGUCCUAAUCCUGUCACUGGACCCUGUGGCUGUCCUGUUUGUGAAGGUUGUUCCUUCGAAAGACGAGUUUAUAAAGAUGGAGACGUUUUUUCAGCACCUAAUGCAGUGUGUACAGAGUGUACAUGUUCUAGAGGUGAAGUGAGAUGUAGCCCUAAGUCCUGCCCCAGUGUGGUGUGUCUUCACCCCGCACAGGACAGUUGUAGUUGUGCCGAGUGUAACCACUGCAGGUAUCGCGGGCGAGAUUAUAAGAACAGAGAACACUUUCCUCAUCCUGAAGACAACUGCCAGAGAUGCACCUGCCUGAACGGUGAUGUGUCGUGUACAGCUGUGCCGUGUCCGGAGGUGUCCUGUAGGAGGCCGGUAAGGCCCCCAGGGGCGUGUUGUCCCGUGUGUACAGGUGUGUGUGAGCAUAUGGGGCGGGAGUACCAAAGCGGCUCCAACUUCCUCUCCCCGACUGACCCCUGUUCAAUCUGCACCUGUCAGAACGGUGAUGUGUCGUGUACAGCUGUGCCGUGUCCGGAGGUGUCCUGUAGGAGGCCGGUAAGGCCCCCAGGGGCGUGUUGUCCCGUGUGUACAGGUGUGUGUGAGCAUAUGGGGCGGGAGUACCAAAGCGGCUCCACCUUCCUCUCCCCGACUGACCCCUGUUUAAUCUGCACCUGUCAGAAUGAAGAUGUGUCGUGUCAGAGGAAGCCGUGUCCUCAGCAGUGCACACACAAUGCGCUCUACUCUGACUGCUGCCCCGUGUGUGACGCAUGUUUGUACGAAGACGUGCAGUACUCACACGCGCAGAGGUUCAGGCCGCGCUCUAAUGCGUGUAUGGAAUGCGUGUGUGAGAGAGGGAGCGUCACGUGCAAUCAGGUCCCCUGUCCUAUAUCCAGUUGUCAUAAUCCAGUCACUCCUUCAGGACAGUGCUGCUCCCAGUGCAGAGGGUGUGUGCAUAACGGUAUUGAAUACACAGAGGGGAAGAGGUUUCGUGUUCGCACUGACCAGUGUUCUGAGUGUGUCUGCCAGAAUGGUGAGGUGAGCUGUGCGCAGUCUUAUUGUGCACAGUUAAAGUGCAUGCACCAGGUUACUGAUCCAGACUCCUGCUGCCCAAGAUGCCGAGGGUGUGUGUAUGACGGAGUUGAACACUCUGAGGGCAGUACCUGGUUUGCGUCCAGUAGUCCCUGUAUGUCCUGCAUGUGUGUGGAUGGAGUCACCACCUGCUCGGAGAUCCAGUGUCUCUCUCCCUGCAUAAAUAAGAUCAGUGUUCCUGGAGAGUGUUGUCCUCUGUGUGCAGACUGCAUCUAUGAAGGUCAUGUGUAUGGACCAAGGGAGAGCUUUCAUCCAUCAGAUGAUCCCUGUCAGAUCUGCACAUGUGAGGUGAUGCCAGAUGGACAGCAGCACUUGCGAUGUUACAGGAAGCAGUGUCCCCGUCUGGUGGACUGUCCCAAAAACAACAUAAUGUUCAGCAGUCCUGACUCUUGCUGUCCAGUGUGUGCACAGCCUCUCAGCAUCUGCACAGAAGCACUGAUAGGAAAUGAAGUUCUCGCUACGGACGACCCCUGUUUCACCUGCCAGUGCAAAGAUCUAACAUGGACAUGUGUCCACAAAUCCUGUCCUUUGCUCAGCUGUCCUCCAGAUGAACAGUACACACCACCUGACUCCUGCUGUCCCGUCUGUGAUGUGUGUGUGGUGGAGGGAGGGAGACGGCGUGUGAACAACGGAGAGCGCUGGACUGAUAGCGAAGAUGAGUGUAUCACCUGCUCCUGCAAACUGGGACAUAUAGAGUGUAAUAUAGAGGAAUGUGCUCCGCUUGUGUGUGAGGUCGGAAUGCUGAAGGUCAAAAGCCCCGGAAAGUGCUGUUAUGAAUGUCAAGCCAACGUCAGGGCUCAGUGUGUGUAUGAGGGACAGGCGUAUGAUUCUAAUGUACAGUGGGAUGUGGAUGAAUGCACUUCCUGCACGUGUGUGUCCGGAGACGUGCAUUGCCAAACCAAGAGAUGUCCAGCCGUGUCCUGUGCUUCGGAUGAAACUCCGUCUGUGAUUCCCGGGAUGUGUUGUCCACGCUGUAUCCCGCGUCCCGCCACCUGCAUCGUGUUCGGAGAUCCUCACUAUCGCACGUUCGAUGGCAAGAUGGUGAACUUCCAGGGGACGUGUACCUACGUUUUAGCGCAGGAUUGUGAGGGCGGGAACUUCAGUGUUCAUGUGACGAACGAUGAUCGCGGCCGUAAGGGUGUAUCCUGGACUAAAGAGGUGACGGUGUACAUCAGGGAUAUUGUGAUACAGCUGCUGCGGGACUGGGUGGUGAAGGUUGAUCAUCAAACCAUCACGCUGCCGUUCCUUAAAGAGCCGUAUAUUUACCUGGAGCGCAAAUCCAACACCAUCCUCCUCAACACCAAUGUUGGCAUGAAGGUGAUGUGGAAUGGACGUUCUCACCUGGAGGUCAGUGUUCCAGGCACGUAUAAGAAGCACAUGUGUGGUCUGUGUGGAAACUUCAACAACUAUCCUCAGGACGACAUGCAGCUGCGUAACGGACAGAUCACCACCUCAGAGACGACGUUCGGAAACAACUGGAAGGUGGUCAGUGGGAAUGACGCGAGCACUCGGUGCGCAGAUGCGAGGGACAUCGACCCGUGUAAAGUGGCUGGAUAUUCCUUUCGUAAGACGGCGAACAGUCGCUGUGCGGUCCUGAAGUCCGCCGUGUUCGAGCGCUGUCACAGAGUGGUGCCUCCAGAGAUGUUCUUCGCCUCGUGUGUGUACGACCUGUGCGCCUGCGCAGCCAACGCAGACGAGUGUCUGUGUGACGCUCUGGAGGCGUACGCUUCUGAGUGCCGCGAGGCCGGAGUCGUCUUACAGUGGAGAUCACCUUCCCUCUGCGCGGUGGGCUGUCCUGUGGAUCGUGGUUAUGUUUUUGAUGAAUGCGGUCCUCCGUGUCCUAAAACCUGCUUGAACAAGGACGUGCCGCUGGGUGUGAUCGAGGCGCACUGCUUUAAACCGUGUGUUCCAGGCUGCCAGUGUCCCGCCGGACUGGUGGAGCACGAAUCCCACUGCAUUUCCCCGGAAAAAUGUCCCAAAAUCAUCCAUGGAAACCCCUGAGCUCCUCAGAUCUCCUGUAAAUCCACAGGAUUGCCCGUUCUCUGUCACGACCCCCUGAUAAUCCCCAUCCCUGAAUUGUCUACAUCACUCUCUCCUCUCCACUAAUAGCUGGUGUGCGGUGGGAGUUCUGGAGCAAUAUGGCUGCCGUCGCAUCGUCCAGCCCCCCCCCCCCCCCCCCAUGCUAUAUAACUGUAACUGUAACUAACUAACUAACAGGACUGUACCGGAACUAAACCUGCACUGAGGUCACCAUUUUUACUCGUGAUUUGUCUUUAAGCAGUGUGUUGCAUUAUGGGAAUUCCGUAUCUGCUGUGGUUUAUGGUUCAGACACCGCUGCUGGAUGUAGAAGUGCUCAUAUUCUUGGACCUUGUGUUCACCAUAUAAGCUUAAAGGGGCCGUGUGUAAUAUUUCGCGCUGUCCCCUUUCCGCAGACUGACUUCACCCACUCUUUCUAAACUGCGUACACAUCGUAAGUUUCUAUUUGCAGAAAGGGAGUGGUGCUGAGCAGAUCUGUUAUUAUUGUGGGCGGGGCUAAUUUCAGGGCCAGAAAUUUUAACAAAGCCUGAAUUUAAGAAAAUUAGAAAUCAAAGUAUUUUUGGAAUUGAUUGAUUGUUACAGAUGUAGGAAUAUUAUAUAAUAAUGUUACAAACUGCACCUUUAAAACCGGCGUGAAAACUCAGUCCUACGUAAUAUGUUGCGUUUAGUUUAACUUUAAAAUGUUUUAUAUUGUGAGAGCUUCACCUUAAAAAAAAAAAAAACCCCAAAAAUAUAGAAAACGCACAAACUAAUGAUCAGGUGUAAGUUUCAAGGCGUAACCUAAAGCUACGUUGAGGAUAUUUCACUGUGUGACUCAGUACAGUGAGAAUUUACACUCAGGCUACAAUCAGAAAAUACUUAUUUUUAUUUACACUUCUCAGGUUCUGGUUACAAAUAAAUAAAGAUCUUAGCUUCAGUAUUUUUUCCUUUGUUUAGCGAGCAAAAUCACAUUUCUGUGCAUUUUAAGGUGUUUUUUUGUUAACUGUAUUUAAAAUAUCCGUUCAACACCAGAUCACACCAUGAGAGAGUUCUGUUAGUGUAAUUCGCUCAGUAAUAAAUCAAAUGUAUUCAUUUAUUACUAACUUUAAUACUGACUCCGCCCCUAAUCCUAACCUUAACCUUAACCUUUGUAGCUGAUCUUCAAGUGUGACAAUGUGAAAGAAAGAAAACACACACACACACACACACACACACACACACACACACACACUCCUACUUAUAGUUUUAGCUAAAAUAUUAGAAAAAUGCUUUAUGUACGUUUACAUAGCUGUUUUGAAAGUUUUUUUUUUUUUUUAAUUCUAUAAUAUUUACAACCUACUUUUUUUUCCUUUACAUUUUUGGUGAGAUCUCACUGUUGUGCUGCCGCUGUCCGCGAUCAAAAUGUACAAGAUUUAAAGCUCAGAAACACCUGAAAGUAUUGUAGAAAAACGUCCGUGAUAAUAAAACUGUUCCGUUUCCGCUGCAUUACAGGAGUCACCAUUAAACAGACUGACUUUUAGCGAUGGAGGUUUUUACUGCUGUACUGGUGAAUAUUCGGAGUGUAUCACUGUUCUCUCAGCGUCACUGUAUACAUCAUGUUCUUCUUCUUCUUAUUCAUCACCUUUAAGUCACAUUUCGGACAGAGUUACGGUCAUUAUGUGUGACUGGUUAAAAUGUCCAGGUGCUAACUCUGUAGUACAAAUAAUACAAAUUAAAUAUGACUUUCAAUAAUAAAUGCUUGUUUACUCUUGACUUUAUUCAUUUUGAACACUAUUGCUGAUUUCUCUGAUUAUGAAAUGGAACUGCACAGGGUUUCGCUCUCGGCGAUGCUGUCGGCUGAGAGCUCCGCCAUGAUGGGUGACAGAAGGGGGGUACUAAACGGUACCUUUCCUUGUCGUCCAGGUGGUACCCUUAAGCGUACACGUUUUUGUACCGGGUACAGUAUGCAUCUUUGCACGUAGCGUACCUUUAAAAAGUUUAUUACGGUUUGUUUAUAUACCUUAAAUCUUUGUUUAAAGGUGCACGGCUGUAUGUCCACGUUUUCAGGUGAUAGACAGAGACGAAAGGUACGACAGAGGAGCCGUUGAUGCGAGUGUACGACGACGACGACGACAGCGGAGAGGAAAAACUCCCUGAGACAACAGGAAGAAGAACCCUGAGAGGAACCAGACUCAAAAAGGAAGUGGAACUGUUCUGUGUGACGCCAGAUAGUGCGAUUAUAAAUAAUUACAGUAUAGAGGUGUAGACCUCGAUAUACCGAGAGACAAAACUGUUCACGUAUCACGUGUUUCCAGAUGUAUUUCCGGAUGCUGUUCUCGUAACAGGGAUUUUUGUUCAAAUGUUUAAUGUUCUAAUGUUUAAUUUGAAUGGAGCUGUAUGUGAACACUAACUAACGUUAGAUUAAAAGCUACAUUUUUGUAUCGUAAACAAAAUGGCAGCGUGUGAAUGCUUUUAAGUCGGAAUAACAGGAAGUUUUCCCGUCCUACGGAAUUCUCUUACGUGGUUCUCCAGCGAAAUUCUCAAACAAUGAAGGAAAAGG